AGACAAUGCAGCGAGCUUUUAUAGCUAUCCUUACCUUUUCUCUUGGGACAGCAGGGGCUGCUCCGAGGUACCUCUGCACCUACUACGAUGUUGUUGAGUACCUGAACAUUUCCUCUCACAGCAAGCUGCACGCACACAUACUGCCCAAGACAGACUUGAAGGAGCCUGUGGAAGUGAAGAUGGAUUUUAUGCUUGUGGCUAUUCUCUCCGUGGUUGAAAAGCUCCAGACAGUCACUUUUUACAUCGUGUUGAACCUGGAGUGGGAAAACACUUUUGCAACCUGGGACCCACAGGAUUUCUGUAACAUUUCCAAAGUCAUUCUGCCCACGGAUACGUAUUGGUCUCCCACGGUCUUCAUUUUAGAGCGAGUGAACGGACAAAACUCAAACUUGGAUUAUAUGGCCAUCAUGCACAAUGGCAGCUUCAAAUCCAGCCAGCCCUUCCAGGUCACCUUAACGUGCAGCUUGAUGAUCUUCAAGUUUCCCUUCGAUACCCAGACGUGUAACUUGAGCAUAGCUUCAUUCCUCUACCCAGUAACAGACCUUGUCAUGAAGACGAAACGGACACCAGCUGAGAUGAUGAAAGACAGCCAGAGUUACUUCCUAACUGAUGGAGAAUGGAAGUUCACCAACCUGAGCAUCAUUGAAUACAGAGAAGGGCUGGAUGACGAAGAAUUUUCUGUGGUCACCUACGUGAUUUCCAUGGAGAGACGACCCACUCUGUAUAUUUUGAACCUGAUCCUCCCAACGUGCGCCCUGUAUCUGCUGGAUAUGGCUGUGUUGUUUGGACCCAGCUCUCUCGAGGAGAAAAUCAGUUUCCAGAUUGCCAUCAUCCUUGGCAGCUCCAUGUUAGCUGUGAUUCUCAACAACAUCCUCCCAACUUCCUCCAACAAACCACCCAUAAUAGUGGUAUUCUUCUUAGGCACCUUCCUGCUCAUGAUCAUGGCUGUGUUAGACACCUUCUUCCUGUUGCACCAGCAGCACAAAUCCCUGCGCUUAGACAAGGUUCUCGGAAGCUUCCAGCAAGAUGCACACGCCGAGCCAGCGAUGAGAGCCAUGACCAAGCAGACCACGAAACACCUCGCCAAGGCAGGCACCCAACUGCUGAACCUUCCCAAGAAGGCCCAGGAAAACAGGCAGCCAGCCAAGCCCCACUGGCAACCGCAGGAGCAGGACCCAUUUCUGCUAGUUCUGGAGAAGGUGCUUCUCUACAGUCACUUCUUCCUGUCCCUGUUUUUUUUUGCUAUUAUUUCUGUAAAAUGGAGCAGCUAGAGAUCAGCUCUGCGCAGUGCUAGUUCAGUUGUUCUCCAUUGUAUUGCUUCUAACCCCUCCACUGCAAUUUUUUUCCUGCUUGAUUCAUAGAGCUGCAGUUUUCAGUUGCCUAAAACAAAAAUGAAAACAACAACCCCACAGGGCAUGAGAUCUGCAUGCUUAAUACUUUGUACUCUAGUUCAGUAGAACUACCUAUGUUCUUAAAGUAUUCUGUGGGCUAGCAAGGUAUUUGAAUAAAACAAUUGUGAAAUCUGGGGAUAAUACCUUCAUUCUACCCAUCCAUAAUUCUUACCACAAA